AUGGCCAAUAUUAGAGCACAUAGUAUUCUUUGCACAUUAGCCCUUUGUCUCAUGGCUGCUGCUUUGGCAGCUGCAGACUAUGGCGACAACCAUUAUUACCACAAGUCUCCGCAUCACCAUAAUAAGUCGCCUUCAUGGUUGCCUCCAUAUCUUUACAAAUCUCCACCACCACCGUCUUAUAUCUAUAAAUCUCCACCUCCACCAUCUUAUGUCUACUCGUCUCCUCCACCACCUUCUUACGUUUAUAAAUCCCCACCUCCACCAACCUACAUUUACAAAUCGCCCCCGCCUCCUCCAUAUGUAUACUCGUCUCCACCGCCGCCGCCUUAUGUUUACAAAUCUCCUCCACCACCUCCAUAUGUGUACUCAUCCCCUCCUCCACCACCUUAUGUUUACAAGUCUCCUCCACCACCUCCAUAUGUGUAUUCAUCCCCUCCUCCACCACCUUACGUUUACAAGUCUCCUCCACCACCUCCAUAUGUAUACUCAUCUCCACCGCCGCCGCCUUAUGUUUACAAAUCUCCUCCACCACCUCCAUAUGUGUACUCAUCCCCUCCUCCACCACCUUACGUUUACAAGUCUCCUCCACCACCUCCAUAUGUAUACUCAUCUCCACCGCCGCCGCCUUAUGUUUACAAAUCUCCUCCACCACCUCCAUAUGUGUACUCAUCCCCUCCUCCACCACCUUACGUUUACAAGUCUCCUCCACCACCUCCAUAUGUGUACUCAUCCCCUCCUCCACCACCUUACGUUUACAAGUCUCCUCCACCACCUCCAUAUGUAUACUCGUCCCCACCGCCGCCGCCUUAUGUUUACAAAUCUCCUCCACCACCUCCAUAUGUGUACUCAUCCCCUCCUCCACCACCUUACGUUUACAAGUCUCCUCCACCACCUCCAUAUGUGUACUCAUCCCCUCCUCCACCACCUUACGUUUACAAGUCUCCUCCACCACCUCCAUAUGUAUACUCGUCCCCACCGCCGCCGCCUUAUGUUUACAAAUCUCCUCCACCACCUCCAUAUGUGUACUCAUCCCCUCCUCCACCACCUUAUGUUUAUAAGUCUCCUCCUCCACCAGCAUAUGUGUACUCUUCCCCUCCUCCUCCAUCUUACGUUUACAAGUCUCCUCCUCCACCAGCAUAUGUGUAUUCUUCCCCUCCUCCUCCAUCUUACGUUUACAAGUCUCCUCCUCCACCAGCAUAUGUGUACUCAUCGCCUCCACCAUCACCUUACGUUUACAAGUCUCCUCCUCCACCAGCAUAUGUAUACUCUUCCCCUCCUCCUCCAUCUUACGUUUACAAGUCUCCUCCUCCACCUGCAUAUGUGUACUCUUCCCCUCCUCCACCCGCAUAUGUGUACUCUUCCCCACCUCCACCACCUUAUGCAUAUAAGUCUCCUCCACCACCUCUUUACGUUUACUCUUCCCCUCCUCCACCAACUUACAUUUACAAGUCUCCUCCUCCACCUUAUUCACCUCCGCCUCCUCCUUAUGUCUACUCGUCUCCACCACCGCCACCUUACAUUUAUAAAUCUCCUCCUCCUCCUCCUUAUGUUUACACAUCUCCACCACCACCACCCUAUGUUUACAAAUCUCCACCACCACCUCCCUAUGUUUACUCUUCUCCUCCUCCACCACCUUACGUUUACAAGUCUCCUCCACCCCCUCCUUACGUUUACUCAUCCCCUCCUCCACCACUUUACGUUUACAAGUCACCUCCUCCACCACCUUACGUUUAUAAGUCACCUCCUCCACCUGCAUAUGUAUACUCUUCUCCUCCUCCACCACAAUACUCACCUCCUCCACCUGCAUACGUUUACAAGUCACCUCCUCCACCUGCAUACGUGUACUCUUCUCCUCCUCCACCAUCUUACGUUUACAAAUCUCUUCCUCCACCUGCAUAUGUUUACAAGUCACCUCCUCCACCUGCAUAUGUGUACUCUUCCCCUCCUCCACCAUCUUACGUUUACAAGUCACCUCCUCCACCUGCAUACGUUUAUAAGUCACCUCCUCCACCUGCAUAUGUAUACUCUUCCCCUCCUCCACCAUCUUACGUUUACAAGUCUCCUCCCCCACCUUCAUACAUUUACAAGUCCCCUCCUCCACCUGCAUAUGUAUACUCUUCCCCUCCUCCACCAUCUUACGUUUACAAGUCACCUCCUCCACCUGCAUAUGUUUACAAGUCACCUCCUCCACCUGCAUAUGUGUACUCUUCCCCUCCUCCACCAUCAUACAUUUACAAGUCACCUCCUCCACAUGCAUACGUUUACAAGUCACCUCCUCCACCUGCAUACGUGUACUCUUCUCCUCCACCCCCUCCUUACGUUUACAAAUCUCCUCCUCCACCUGCAUAUGUUUACAAGUCACCUCCUCCACCUGCAUAUGUGUACUCUUCCCCUCCUCCACCAUCAUACAUUUACAAGUCACCUCCUCCACCUGCAUACGUUUACAAGUCACCUCCUCCACCUGCAUACGUGUACUCUUCCCCUCCACCCCCUCCUUACGUUUACAAAUCUCCUCCUCCACCAGCAUACGUUUACAAGUCACCUCCUCCACCUGCAUAUGUGUACUCUUCCCCUCCUCCACCAUCUUAUUCACCUCCUCCACCUGCAUAUGUUUACAAGUCACCUCCUCCACCUGCAUAUGUGUACUCUUCCCCUCCUCCACCAUCUUACGUUUACAAGUCUCCUCCUCCACCUUCAUACAUUUACAAGUCCCCUCCUCCACCUGCAUAUGUGUACUCUUCCCCUCCUAAAAUAGUGAAACCUCGUCCUCACCCAAUAUGUUUGACUCAUGGGACAAACAUAUCGUGCCUGCUUCAACGAAUCGUAUUGCUAUCGAUGUUUCCUGCCAUUGCAAGACAUCAUCCCCUCCGUAUAGCAAUGGCCACCCAUGGAUCAUAUAGUACUCUUUGCACCCUGGCCUUUUGUCUAAUGGCUGCUGCUUUGGCAGCGGCAGAUUAUGGCGACAAUCAUUACAAACACAAGUCUCCUCAUCACCAUUAUAAGUCUCCUUCAUCAUCGUGGUUGCCUCCAUAUAUUUAUAAAUCUCCACCACCGCCAUCGCCUUAUAUCUAUUCAUCUCCUCCACCACCACCUUAUGUUUACAAGUCACCUCCGCCUCCUCCUUAUGUUUAUUCGUCUCCACCACCACCACCUUACAUUUAUAAAUCUCCUCCUCCACCUCCUUAUGUUUACACAUCUCCACCACCACCACCACCAUAUGUUUACAAAUCUCCACCACCACCUCCCUAUGUUUACUCUUCUCCUCCUCCACCACCUUACGUUUACAAGUCUCCUCCACCCCCUCCUUACGUUUACUCAUCCCCUCCUCCACCACCUUACAUUUAUAAGUCACCUCCUCCACCUGCAUAUGUAUACUCUUCUCCUCCUCCACCACAAUACGUUUACAAGUCACCUCCUCCACCUGCAUAUGUGUACUCUUCCCCUCCACCACCAUCUUACGUUUAUAAGUCACCUCCUCCACCUGUAUAUGUGUACUCUUCACCUCCUCCUCCAUCUUACAUUUACAAGUCUCCUCCUCCACCUGCAUACGUGUACUCUUCCCCUCCUCCACCAUCUUACAUUUACAAAUCUCCUCCUCCACCUGCAUACGUUUAUAAGUCACCUCCUCCACCUGCAUAUGUGUACUCUUCCCCUCCUCCACCAUCAUACAUUUACAAGUCACCUCCUCCACCUGCAUACGUGUACUCUUCACCUCCUCCACCAUCUUACUCACCUCCUCCACCUGCAUACGUUUACAAGUCACCUCCUCCACCUGCAUACGUGUACUCUUCCCCUCCACCCCCUCCUUACGUUUACAAAUCUCCUCCUCCACCUGCAUAUGUGUACUCUUCCCCUCCUCCACCAUCUUAUUCGCCUUCGUCGUGGCUGCCUCCAUAUCAUUACAAAUCUCCCCCACCGCCGACGUAUAUUUAUAAAUCUCCACCCCCACCUUCUUACGUUUAUAAAUCUCCAUCUCCACCAUUCUACAUUUACAAGUCACCACCUCCACCUGCAUAUGUGUACUCUUCCCCUCCUCCACCUCCUUAUUCUCCUCCUCCACCUUCAUACGUUUAUAAGUCCCCUCCUCCACCUGCAUAUGUGUACUCUUCCCCUCCUCCACCAUCUUAUGUUUACAAGUCUCCUCCUCCACCUUCAUAUGUUUACAAGUCACCUCCUCCACCUGCAUAUGUUUACUCUUCCCCACCACCACCAUCUUACAUUUACAAAUCACCUCCUCCACCAUCCUACGUUUAUAAAUCUCCUCCUCCACCUGCAUAUGUGUACUCUUCCCCACCUCCACCAUCUUACAUUUACAAGUCACCUCCUCCACCAUCCUAUGUUUACAAGUCUCCUCCUCCACCGUCAUAUGUUUACAAGUCACCUCCUCCACCUGCAUAUGUGUACUCUCCCCCUCCUCCACCAACUUACAUUUACAAGUCACCUCCUCCCCCGAGUGUUUAUUAA